AUGGAGACCAGCGGCUCCCCAAGCGCAGACCCCUUUUAUUCUUCGCAUAGCCCGCGACGACAACUUUCCUCUCGCUGGACAAAUAUCUCGUCCUCCACGCCUGGUCGACCGUCGAGUACGUCGCCUGUUUCACGCUCCCCAGAGACCCGCUUUAGCCGGCAGAAUCGACGACUCCGCUUACGACAUGCUGGCUUUCGUGGCGGACUGAUAACCUCUACUCAACCAAUAGCCCCCCAAUUUGCGACCUGGAGAAGUUUAUCUGGAGGCGCAGUCUGUGGAGAAAAUAAAGAUGGCGAUGGCUCUGUAAAACGGGCAAGUGGUCAAACGCACUGGAGCCAUGAUUCGACCUCGAAUGCCUCAUACAACAGUCAGAAGUCGAUCGUUUUACAGGAGGUACAGAAUUUAACUCAACGACGAAACCAACAUCCUUCGCGUCCCCUGGUUUCUACAAUCUUCCAAGACGAACCGGUAGUUGCCGACUCCAUACCCGGCCCCUUUUACAAUAGUAGCCGCCCCAAAACACCACUUCUCGAACCCUUCUCUCCGGAACCAGCCAUGAAACCGAAAGAUACCUCAUUAUCGAUGCGCAAAUCCUCCUUCGCGAGCAUACAUCGCCAGAAGCGCCAGAAUUCCUUCGGACGAACCAUCAGCCACGGGACGUCUCGUUAUAUAGAACACCUGGAGUCCCAAUUGGCCUCCAUCCACCACACCGAGUCUGGCACUUCUCCCGCCGGAAAUAAGUGCGCCUCCAAGUACAAGGCAUUGAAUGCCGAACAUAAAGUGUUGAAACAAGAGUUAUUAGAAUGGGAGGAGCAAUUCGAAACAAGAGUAAAGGACGAAUUGGCCUUGAUGGUCGAUCGAGAAUCGCAGCUACGAUCCAAGCUGCGUACAUUAGAGCGGGAGGUCGAAACUAAGGAUAAUAAAAUUCGAGAGCUUGAAUGGGAGGCGGAGAUGGAUCGCCAACGGUUACGAAACCUUGAAGCCGUCAAUUCCACCAAUCGAAGUCUUGAGCGCAGGGUUGAUGUCUUGACAGGCCUCCUUGCACAGUCUCCAGGAAGACCAGAAUCCGACUCUAGACCUAGUGCUGUGAGCGAUGAUGUUCCCUCAGCGGAUGAGCCCGUCCGCCGAACUCCCAGGCCAAAAUCAAUGUUUUCUCGAAUACCUUUGUCGCCGGUCCGGCAACCAGUGUUCCAGCCACUGGUAGCGUCUGAUUCAAACGCCCAAGCUGUUGACACUGGCCUCAAUGCGACUAGUGAAAUUCCAGAACUCGAUAUCGACUAUCAAAAAGAACCUGACGAGGAAAAACCCGCCUCCGAAUUUGGAGACCUUGAUUCUGGCAUGGGUGAUUCGUGUUCGUUGCCAUCGUCCCGCUUUGAGGGGUCUCAACGACUAUCCAUGAUAUCCUAUUCUUCUAGCUCUUCAUUAUGGGGAACCUCGUUUCCUCUUCCUCUCGAACUACCACGGCGACCCAGAAGGAUGCGACGAUUUCCGUCUGGGUCAUGUACUCUAAAACCGUUAAUCCUACCCGCUACUUCUUCUCUUUUAUCGCCAUCAAGUCCGAAUUUUCAUCCUAUCAGCAGUAGCUUUUAUCCCUCGUCGCAUUCACGCACACACUCAACGAAUGAUUGGCACAGCCCGUCAGACCCUAUGCAUGUACAUGAUGAAACCCUCAGUGCUUUGGAGGAGUAUUCAGAUCACUUUCAAUCUUUCGAGGAGGCGAUGUCGGGUCAUUCCUUGCCGGGCAUAGAGGAUGUUUCGGGUGAUGAUGAAGAAUUUCAUAGUAGCCCAGAUCUAAGUUUAUUCACGAAGGACCGAUUACAUCCACCAGGAUUUUUCGAGACACCCACCCGCGACCCUUCCUCUUCGCCUGAUCCGUUAAAGAAGCUACCAUCGUUUACGACAACUGGUGGCUCCCGAUCAACGGCGGCCAUGACUGUUAUACAAAGAGGCUCUUAUCGCCAACCACGCCGGCGCUUAGAUCAAGAACUUUCUCCUGGCUCCGAAGAUAGCCCUCUCACGACGAAGCACGUUUAUUUAGCUAAUCGAAUUGCUGAUAUUACGUUAAAAGAUGCAUCUAACUGUUCUCAUUGGUUUCGCGAUAUUAUUUCUGGUUCAAUAAUCCUAGCAAGACGUAUAAUAUCACGAGCUUGGCACUCAAACUGGAAGAGGAUAGGAAAACUUCCUUGGUGGGUCCUUGGACUCAUAUUAGGCGUACAGAGGAGGAAUGACUGGUUUAAGCGCUAUGCUAGAGAUCAGACCAUGUGGCUAUCUUUGUAUCGCAGCCCCUCCGCAACAAGUGACGGUUUUGAAGGCACACAGGAUUACACUGGAUAUGACCAUUCAAUCCUUCAGACCCCUCCACGGACCCGCCUGUCGAUACAGGAAUUGACCAGAGGGCCUAAACUCGACUCUUCGGGGUCUGAACGUAAUGAGCAAGGAACCGACUCUUACGAGGUUGCACCUUUAAGGCUGUGGGCCAAGUUUUCACUGGCGAUAGCGCUUGCAAUUGGAUUGGCCAUUAAAGAUGGGCCAGCUUCCCUGAUGUGUUCGUGCGCUUCGACACCUGACGAUCCUGAUUGUCCGUUCGUGAAUAAACGGAGAUUUUAUCCUAUUAUUCAAAACGAAUCGCGUAUGUACGAGGAUUUUCACAGUGGCGAAGGUGACUGA